AUGGCAUCCGUACAUAAAUCCCUCUCAAAAAGGAAUAGGAAAAAAAAUCAGCCAUCUGUCAGAGAGAAUGCGGAGGAUACAGAUGUCUCCAUGAACGAUCUGCUAGAUGACCCGGACGAGACAAGUGAUAGCGAUAAUUACGAGCAAGAAGAGAAGGGACAAGAUAAGCAAGAAAAUACCGCGGAUGGUGAGGUAACGAAUAAUAUUUCGCAAACGCAAUCCUUAGGAUACAUGCGGAAGACUCGUGUGCUGAUGUUGACAUCGAGGGGGGUUACACAUCGACACCGCCAUCUCCUCUCCGACCUCACCUCCCUCCUCCCUCAUACACACAAGGAAAACAAACUCGACACCAAAAAGAAAACCGCUGGCUAUAACUUCCUCCUUAAUUCCCUCGCUGAUCUACACUCGUGCAACAUGAUCUUCUUCCUAGAAGCCAAAAAGCGCGGACAGGAUUUAUACCUCUGGCUCUCACGGCCGCCCAACGGCCCCACAAUAAAAUUCUCCGUAAGCAGCUUACACACGAUGGGCGAAAUGGGUGUAGGCUUUGCGGGCAACUGUCUCAAGGGUGGGCGCGGGGUGGUUGUGUUCGACAAAUCAUUCGACGAGCCAACGGUGAUGCGGAGCGGGAAUGAGUAUAGAGGGCUGGUGAGAGAGAUGUUGAGGGGUGUAUUUAGCGUUCCGAAGCGCGGAGUACGGGGGAUGAAACCCUUUGUCGACCGGAUUAUUGGCGUGUUUGGGGUCGACGGGAAGAUAUGGAUCCGGGUAUUUGAGAUUCGAGAGUCGGAGGGAACAGUAGGCGCAAAAGCGAAGGAUGAAGGCGAGGCCACUGAUGCUAACGAUGACGAAAAGAAGUCGAAAACGAAACUCAAGCGGGCUGACAAGGGUGGUCCGCUGGAUAUUAGUCUCGUGGAGAUAGGCCCGCGCUUCGUGCUGACGCCCAUCGUGAUAUUGGAAGGAAGCUUUGGCGGGCCUGUCAUAUAUGAGAACAAGGAGUUUGUUAGUCCUAAUCAAGUCCGGAGAGAGAUACGGUUACGGAAGGCGUCGCGGUUUGCGGCAAGGCAUGUUGGGCAGAGCGACCGGAUGGUCAAGAGGAGUGGAUUGGGGUUGACAACGGAGGGGAAGGGGAAUAGGAGAUCAGAUCCGUUGGAGACGAAGGCUGUGUUUGGAUGA